GCCCUGCGCCCAGGUUAUAUGAACUACAAAUCCGUACGUUAUACGUCAGUUUGCGUCAUCACUAGUGGACCAAAUACACUGGCCGGUUGACUGUAUGCAAGAUCGUACAAAGUGCAUGCAAAACCCAGAUACAAAAUGUCCUCAGGUGAUGCGUUUAAAGUGUCUUCCCUGAAGGGGAAAGUAGCCCUGAUAACCGGUGCCAGCUCGGGCAUUGGGGCAGGCACUAGCGUCCUGUUCGCUAAACUCGGCGCCCUGCUGGCUCUUAACGGCCGCGACGUGGAAAACCUUAACAAAGUAGCCAGGGAGUGCACAGACUGUGGAGCCGCCGAGCCUCUGCUUGUUCCUGGAGAUCUCACUGAUGAGGAGACGGUGAAGAAGACAGUUGAGCAAACUAUUGCUCAUUUCGGCCAGCUGGACAUCCUGGUCAACAGUGCUGGUAUCCUGGCCAUGGGCAGCAUCGAAACAACAGACCUGGCUCAGUAUGACAAGGUCAUGAACAUCAAUGUCAGAUCUGUAUACCACCUGACUCAGCUGUGUGUACCCCACCUGAUCAAGACCAAAGGUUCCAUCAUCAAUGUAUCCAGUGUCAAUGGACAGAGAUCUUUCCCUGGUGUGCUGGCCUAUUGCAUGUCCAAAUCUGCUAUUGAUCAGUUCACACGUUGUAUAGCACUUGAACUGGCAAGUAAGCAAGUCAGAGUCAACUCUGUCUGCCCUGGUGUGAUCGUCACAGAUGUCCACAAGAGAGCGGGACUAGACGAGGACCAGUACGCCCAGUUUCUUGCAAGAUGUAAGCAGACUCAUGCCCUUGGUCGACCAGGAGAGGUGGAGGAAGUAGCUCAAAGCAUCGCCUUCCUGGCGUCCGAUGCUGCCAGCUUCAUUACUGGAGUCAAUCUACCCAUUGAUGGGGGCCGCCAUGCCAUGUGCCCAAGAUAAGCUCAUGUAUGCAUUAGCAGUCUGCUAAUAUAUGCUUUCAACCUCCAA